GCGCCUCUGGUGUUUGGCUUUGGAGACGAGCACAUGUUUUUAAAACAAUAACAAAAUUGAAAAGAUCCAAAAUUGUCUAAUUUUCAAAGUUAAAGCAAACUCGGGUUUCAAAAAAUAGUUGCUGGAAAAACGGAAAAGAAGAUUCUGCACCCUUCCUGUUAGAAGAAAAUUUUGAAGAAGGAACAUGGCUUCGAAGGCGGUUCAUCUUCUGGGUCGGUGUUUGCCGUUCUUCCCUGGCAAAUCAGUCGCAAACGCUACCAGGGUACAGAUCAGGAAGCUCCAGUUGGAUGAUAGUAUUAACAUGUAUUUCCCUGAAGACACAACAAUCUUUGUGCACGAUCCAGGUCAGCAGUGCAAACCAGGAGAUAUUGUCCUCAUCAAAUCCCUUCCCAAAAAGCUGACACCGCUCAUAGAACAUGAAGUUCAUCGGGUCGUCUACCCCUUUGGUGACAUCAAAGACCCUAUUACGGGAAAGAAAGUUGUCAGCGAUAUGUACAGAGAGGACAUUGAGUUUGUCAGUGAGAUGUACGGAAAGAACAAGGACAGCUUCAAUUACGAGGAGGCUCCUGAGAGAGGCUGGCAGGAAGACAAGAAGGACUUUAGCCACAAGCAGAGCUACCGCCGCUUCCAUGUUUAUGACAAGGAGGACAAACAGCCGUACGCAGUUGACCACUAGAGCACUAGAUUUGUGAUAAGUAGAGUUUAUUUAUUAAAAAUAGAAAAGCUGAAACAUAAAA